AUGGUUGACGCACUGGAUAUUCCGGGGUUCUAUUUCGAUACUGAGAAAAAGCGGUACUUCAAAAUAAGUCAAAAUGCCACUUCUAGCUCAAAUCAAACUUACGGACGAGAUGAGCUUAAGAAAAGGUCUGAUCAGCAGCAAAACGAGAUUAAAAGAGAAGCCGCUGUUGAAAGAAGGCAGCAGGGAGUACGGGGGUAUGAAUUUAUGUUAUCAAACCCGCUCCAUGUGUUGUUUUCCGCAGAUAAUAGUGAUCUUUCUGGAUCACAGUCAAGAAUGGGAUAUAAUGUGGCCAGACAAGACCGAGAACAAGAUAGAGGAUCGAUUCGUAAAGAUAACGUGUGGUCAGAUGUAACGCCACUUUUGGGUGCGAUAGCACAGCAAGCGGUAGCAAUUUGUUGUUUGCCUAAAGCAAAUGGAUUUCUGAUUGUAACUCAUCGCAUGAAUGUGGUGUUCAUAAGUGAAGAUCGUACCCCCAUUUACCUAUACCAGAGUUCGAAAACUGAAGAAUUCGAGCUUGAAUCUUUAAGGACGCGUUUGAGGGAAGAUCAAUUCAGUCUAAUUGUGAAGGCCAAAGUAAAGAAUUGUUAUUCUCUUUUACACAUAAAACUCGACUCGCCGGCUUCCCCACAAGUUUUUCGUAUUUCCGUGUGCCCCGAACUCAACAGCGAAAUUCGUGAUGCUGUUUUUGUAGGUGCCAAUACGUGUGUGUGGUUGGCUCAAGGCAAUGAAGUUUUAGCUUUGGAGCUCAAAGAAGGAUGCUCAACCUAUACACUUUCAGCUUCGAGACGUCGAUUGAAAAGAAAGAGGAGGGAAGAAAGCAACGUAAUGUGUGUGGAGGUUGAACUUCAUCGACCCUAUAGUAAUAUGAGUGCCCCUAUCGGAUGGUGUGGGACCAGAAGUGGCAUGCUCUCGAGAGUAAAUCCAUACCGUACUCUCAGCACCCUUUCUUUCGCCAGUAUGGGUAAUUUCGAGGGACUGAGUAUCUUGAGCAUCAAAGAACUCGGCGAAUCGCAUCUUCUUCUGUCUGGAAUUAAAUCUGAAGAGCAAGUUCUGGCCAUUGUUCGUAAAGAUAAGUCAGCAAACGAUGGCCAUCAACCGACUAUACUUACAAUGCUGAAAACAAGCGUGCGAAACUUAGUCAAGGAAACAGAGCUGAUAUCCACUAGUGCUGACGGACGUUUCAUUUUAUAUGGCCGUCGCAAUAUGGGUUGUGUUAAUGGGGCUCUUGAGCUAUUUUCUAGUAGGGCUAUGGACAAUUUUGUUAGGCAGCACGAGGUAAAAGCAAGACCCGUCACCUAUCAUCCUCUCAGAACGCUGGCUGAAAUUCUACCUUUCGACUGGCACAAAUCGUUUGACAAGCUUUUGUAUGCGGAGCUUCAAGAAGUUACAAGAGGUCAACUUUAUUACGGGGAAUCUAUUGAUUCGAACGGAAUCCGCAUCGCAGCCUUUACAAAGGACAUUGACGUUGCUGGAAUAAACUUCAAAAGCUUCCCCUUAGAUGGGUACUGA